AUGGCCCGCGUCGGGUUGAGGGGCGCCGCCGUCGGCGUGAUGGGCGAUGCCGUCGGCGUGAUGGGCGAUGCCGUCGGCGGGACGGGCGACGCCGUCGGCGGGAUGGGCGACGCCGUCGGCGCGGGCGACGGGCGCGGCGUCGGCUCGGGCGUCGGCCGCGGCGUCGGCGCGAACACGGGCGCGGCCGACGGGUCGCCCGGGAGGGGCGUCGGCGCCGGCGUCGGCGACGUCGUCGGGGCCGGGAUCGGCGUCGGCGUCGGCGCGGGCGUCGGGGCCGGCGAGGUCGGCGCCGGGACCGGGCCGUCCGUCGGGGCGAACUUCGUCGGCGCGAACGUCGGGUACGACGUCCUGUUCUGGUG